AUGUUUAAACUCAUUGUUCUUUUAGGGCUUGUUAGCCUUUGUAUCGCUGCUCCUUCAGGUCGUGUCGUUAAUGGAACUGAUGCGCGCAUCGAAGAUUACCCAUGGAUGGCAUCGCUUCACAUUUGGGCAGGUCACAAUUGCGGAGGAUCCAUCAUUAGCGACAGAUGGAUUUUGAGCGCAGCUCAUUGCGAUGCUUCAACAAUUGAAGUUGGAACAGAUCGUUGGAAUGCAGGAAAGAAAAUUGCCGUUAAGAGAUGGAUUAAACACGAAAACUACAAUCCAAGUACUUUGGAGAAUGACAUUGCUGUCGUUGAACUCGCAGAACCGAUUGAAUUUGCAUACAAUAUGCAACCCGUGAAACUUCCCGAACCAUAUUACGAAGUACCUGGAAGUUAUGAAACUCGUGCUUAUUUAACUGGAUUCGGAUUUGAACAGAGCGGAGGAAAUGUACAAUCUCGUUUGAAGGAAGCGGAAUUGUUUGUUGUUUCAAAUGAGGAAUGUUCUCAAAUUCAUUACUCGACAGUUUAUCAAAGUAUGUUAUGCGCGGGCAUUCGUGAAGGAGGAAGAGGACAAUGUUCAGGCGAUUCGGGAGGUCCAUUGGUUGUAAAUGGCGUUCAAGUUGGCGUUGUUUCAUGGAGUGUUAAGCCUUGUGCUAUCGGGCCCUAUCCCGGAGUAUACACGAAAGUUUCUCAUUUUGUGCCAUGGAUCAAGGCAAAAACAGGCAUGGCAUAA